AUGGCGGCCGUGAAAAAAGGUUCCAACCCGGGAUUACCACCCUGGCCUAAAAGGGCUCUUGAACUGACUUCUUCCAGUGCGAUGCCUCCAUCAAUCCUGCCUUUAUCCCCUAGCUCAUUUCAAGGGUGGAAAAAUCCCUACUCCAUGAACAGUACUGUUACUAAAUCCCCCUUCAAUCUUUCUGAUGCUAUUAACAUUCCAUCGCCAUCAGCAGAUGAUAAUAACAAAAUGUCCCAAAACAUAUCUUUCCCAUUCGGUAACAAGAAUAAUUCAACCACCAUGGAUCUUGUCGCUCCUGCAAAUCCUUCUUUUGGUGAUCAACCCGUCAAAACUCAGGCUCCCAGGGGUGUCCAGAUCCGAUCAGCUCGCGCCAUAGAUCCCAACAUGGACCCCAAAAAGCUUAAACGGGUCAUUUCAAAUCGAGUUUCUGCACAGAAAUCUAGACUGAAGAAGCUUCAAUAUCUCACUGAAGUAGAAAGAAAAGUUAAGGCUUUAGAGGAUGAAAUAGCAGCGCUCUCUCCCCAAGUUGCACUGUAUAGAAGCCAUCAUCAAGCACUAACGGUGGAGCAGCAAAGGUUAAACAUGGAGAUGUCUGCUCAAACAAGCAAUAAAUUUCUCAAAGAUGUUGAAAUAGAGGAAAACAAAGCAGAAGUGAAUAGACUGAGGCAACUCCAUUUGACGCAACAACAUGUUAUGUUGGCUGGUUGGGAAAAUGGGUUCGAUCAGCAGAUGGCCGUGAAUCCAAACAUGUUUCAGCUUUCGUUGGAACGGAUGGUUUGUGUCACCUCAAACCAAGCCAAAAAUGGAGAAAGUGCUGAAGGAGCAAAUAAACUGAAUCAGCUUAAUAAGAAACAACAUACAGAUGGAGGAAGGUGCAUACUUGGUUGGGACCCUAGUGAGCAAGAAAUAGCGAAUCAAAGUUUGCAUCAAUCUGGCUCACCCACAGUGCUGCAGGAGACACUGAAUAUGAAUCCAGAGUUGGGUGGCAUUGAGCAAAUGAUGACGUUCAACUCGAAGCCCAUCAACCAAUAUCCUGAUAAUUAA